ACCAUUAGACACAAGCAACUCAUAAUUCACUAUGAAACCACACGUAAUCUUUUGGCUUUUCUUUCUACCAUUUAGCCUAAUAAAUUCCUGGACUAAUAAUUCUGUGGUGAAUGGCCACUGUCUCGGCCAUCAGCAUUCCUUGUUGCUCCAUUUGAAAAACAACCUGAUAUUCAAUCCCACAAAAUCCUCAAAGCUAGUUCAUUGGAACCAAAGUGAUGAAGAUUGUUGUCAAUGGCAUGGGGUAACAUGCAAAGACGGAUAUGUUACAGCCCUCGAUCUUAGUCACGAGUCUAUUUCAGGAGCACUUAAUGAUUCAAGUCCUCUUUUCAACCUGCACUAUCUCGAGAGUCUGAAUUUGGCUUUCAAUAAUUUCCAUUCUGUGAUUCCUUCAGAACUGCAUAAGCUGCAGAAUUUGAAGUAUAUGAACUUCUCUGACGCAGGCUUUGAGGGACAAGUCCCAAAAGAAAUUUCUCACCUCAAAAGGCUCGUCACUCUUGAUUUGUCUUCUUCAGUUACUUCAAAUCACAGCUUAAAAUUGGAGAAUCCAAAUAUAGAGAUGCUGGUGGAAAACCUCACAAACAUCACAGAAUUAUAUUUAGAUGGUGUAGCAAUAUUUGCCGGCGGAGAUGAAUGGGGCCGUGCUUUAUCUUCGUUGGAAAGGCUCCAUGUUUUGAGUUUGUCAUCAUGCAAUCUCUCAGGACCUAUUGAUUCAUCACUAGCUAAUCACCGGUCACUCUCGGUUCUAAAAUUGAGCAACAACAAUUUGUCAAGCAUAGUGCCAGAUUCCUUUGCAAAUUUCUCCAAUUUAACCAUCCUACAUCUCAGUAGUUGUGGUUUGAUUGGUUUUUUCCCAAAAGAAAUCUUCCAAAUACAUACAUUAGAGGUCAUUGACAUAUCAGACAAUCAAAAUCUUAAUGGUUCUUUGCCAGACUUUCCACCACUUGCAUCUCUUUACUACUUGAAUCUUGCCAAUACAAAUUUCUCAGGACCACUUCCAAGUACUAUCUCAAACCUGAAGCAGUUAUCAUUCAUUGAUCUAUCUUACUGCAAGUUUAACGAAACACUUCCCAGUUCAAUGUCAGAACUCACCCAACUUGUUUACUUAGACAUGUCUUCCAAUAACCUCUCAGGUCCACUCCCUUCUUUCAAUAUGUCAAAGAACCUCUCACAUCUGUCCUUAUUUCUCAAUCAUUUGAGCGGGGAUUUGCCAUCUGGCCAUUUCGAGGGCCUUACAAAUCUUGUCAGCAUUGAUUUAGGGUACAAUUUUUUUAAAGGGAACAUUCCCUCUAGUCUACUUAAUCUCCCAUGUUUGCGAGAGCUAAAACUCCCCUUUAAUCAACUGGAUGGGAUCUUGGUUGACUUCGAUAAUGCACUAUCAUCUGUAUUGGAGAUGCUUGAUUUGGCAAGCAAUAACUUACAAGGACAUCUUCCUAUGUCUAUCUUUAACCUUAGAAGACUUCGUGUCAUUCAACUCUCUUCCAACAAGUUUAAUGGCACAGUGCAGUUGGAUGUCAUUCGAAGGCUAAGUAAUUUAACUACGUUAGGCCUCUCACAUAACAAUUUGUCGAUUGAUAUCAGCUUCCGAGAUGAUCAUGAAAUGUCUCCCUUUCCAGAGAUAAGAGUUUUUACGCUGGCUUUUUGCAAAUUAAGAGAAAUCCCAAGUUUCUUGAAAAACCAAUCCACAUUAUUAUCUCUUGACUUAUCUGGCAACAAUAUUAAAGGACCGAUACCUAAUUGGAUUUGGAAACUUGAAUCUCUCACUAGCUUGAAUCUUUCUAGGAACUCUUUGACUAACUUUGAAGAAACUAUUUGGAACUUGAGUUCUAACCUCUAUGUGGUUGAUCUAAGUUCUAAUCGAAUCCAAGGACCUAUUUCUUUCAUUCCUAAGUACGCAAGUUAUUUGGACUUCUCAAGUAACUUGUUGAGCUCUAUCAUACCACCAGACAUCGGAAACUAUCUCCCUUUCAUACGUAUAUUGUUUCUUUCAAACAAUAGUUUUAAAGGAGAAAUUCAUGAAUCCUUUUGCAAUGCUUCAACUCUUCGAUUGCUAGAUCUUUCUUACAACAACUUUGAUGGGACAAUUCCCAAGUGUUUUGCAGCAAUUAGUAGGAGUCUUAGGAUGAUGAAUUUUGGUGGAAACAAGCUUCGAGGUCAUAUCCCUGACACUAUAUUCCCAAAUUCAUGUGCACUGAGAUAUUUGGACCUGAACGACAAUCUCUUGGAUGGCACCAUACCGAAAUCUUUGGCAAAUUGUAUGAAACUACAAGUCCUAAAUCUCGGAAAGAAUGCUUUAACUGAUAGAUUUCCAUGUUUUUUGAGCAACAUUUCCACUCUUAGGAUAAUGGUUUUAAGGUCUAAUGAGCUCCACGGGUCUAUCGAGUGCCCACAUAACAAUGUGGAUUGGAAAAUGCUUCAUAUGGUGGAUCUAGCAUCCAAUAACUUGAGUGGAACGAUACAAGGAGCACUAUUAAAAAGUUGGAAGGCAAUGAUGCGUGAUGAAGGCAUGCUUGGGCCAGAAUUUGGCCAUUUAUUUUUUGAAAUUGAUGAUAACUACCAUCCCAUGAGUUUAAAUGCCGUGUUACCACAUUUGAACAAAUAUCUCGCAAUGAAAUUGGUGAAACUUGUUUCAAAUAUGCCUCGCUCUAUUCUUGACCAAGGGUUCGUUGAUGUUAACGAAGUAGAUCUUUCUCGUUAUCAAGAUUCGGUUAUUAUUGUCAACAAAGGUCAACAGAUGAAGUUAGUUAAAAUUCAAAUGGCCUUUACUUAUGUGGAUAUGUCAAACAACUAUUUGGAGGGGAAAAUACCCAAUGAGCUAACGGAAUUCAAAGCAUUGAAUGCUCUGAACUUGUCACAUAAUGCACUUACAGGUCAUAUACCAUCAUCUAUGGGGAAUUUGAGGAACCUUGAAUCUAUGGACUUGUCAAACAAUUCCUUCAAUGGAGAGAUUCCUCCAGAGCUGUCAAAUCUUUCUUUCCUGGAAUAUCUAAAUCUCUCCUUCAAUCACCUAGAGGGACAAAUUCCUUUAGGUACUCAAAUCCAAACCUUUCAGGCAGAUUCUUUUGAAGGGAACAAAGGGUUAUGUGGGCCUCCUCUAAUCAAUAUUUGCAAGGAAAAUGGAGGAAAAGGGUUGCCACCACAUGCAUCUGAAACACCUAAUUCCCAUAAUGAGAGUCCAAUUGAUUGGAAUUUCUUAAGUGUGGAGUUGGGGUUUAUUUUUGGCUUUGGAAUUUCCAUUCUCCCUCUUAUUUUUUGGAAAAAAUGGAGGUUGUGGUAUUCUAAACAUGUAGAUGAGAUGCUUUAUAGGAUCAUUCCACAACUUGAUUUUGGGUUGGAACAGCACGAAGGGAAGAUGUAUAGAAUUUUGAGGUGGAGGAGAUGAUUGCUAAAUUUAAUGGUUCUAUGUUAUAGCUCAGACAAUUUGGCACUUCUAGUUUUGGUGUUUUUGUACCUCAUAUGUUAGUU